ACAGUGAUGAGAAACUGAUCGAACUCAUCCUGCCCGGAUAUAUAUAAAGAAAACGCUAACCAUCAAAACCACUAUAUACUCUCACUAGCUCCCUUUGGCUUUAAGAAUCAAAUUCUGAAGUCUAGCGUAAUGUUUUCUCUCAAAGAGAUGCCCUCCACCGCCUCCACAUUGUUCUCCGCCUAUGCAUCCUUCGCCGCCUCCAUGAUGAUGGUACGGUCCAUGGCCAACGAGAUCGUCCCCUACGAGCUCCGCUCCUACCUCAGCUCUGCCUUGAAUUACCUAUUCGCCGCCCGCUCCUCCACUCUCACCCUCGUCAUCGAAGAGUGCUGCGGUAUGGCCCGCAACCAGGUCUACGAAGCCGCUGAGGUCUACCUGCGCACCAAGAUAAGCCCCGCCACGGACCGCCUGCGGGUCAGCAAGACCCCACGCCAAAAGCACUUCAGCGUGGACAUCGAGAAGGGCGAGGAGAUCAAUGACAAUUUCGAGAACCUCCCCGUCAAGUGGCGGUUCGUUUGCACCGAACCCAAGGAGGAACAUCGUUCGGCCAGCAACGAGAAGCGCUUCUUCGAGCUGAUCUUCAACAAGAAGUUCAAGGACAAAGUGUUCGAUUCUUACCUGCCGUACGUUCUGCUCAGGGCCAACGCUAUCAGAAUGCAACACAAGGUUGUCAAGCUGUAUAACCGCGAGUGUCCGUGUCCGUCCGACGACGUGGACGGAGCUUGGGGCAUGUGGGGUUCCAUCAAUCUGGAGCAUCCGUCCACUUUCGACACGUUGGCCAUGGACCCGGAGCUCAAGAACGCCAUCGUUGACGACUUGGACAGGUUUCUCAGGAGGAAGGAGUUCUACAAGAAGGUCGGGAAAGCUUGGAAGAGAGGGUACUUGUUGUACGGUCCGCCUGGUACGGGUAAAUCGAGCUUGAUUGCGGCCAUGGCUAAUUACCUCAAGUUCGACAUCUAUGAUUUGGAGCUGACGAGUAUUUACAGCAACUCCGACCUGAGGAGGAUUAUGUUGUCCACCACCAAUCGGUCUAUUCUCGUGAUUGAGGAUAUUGAUUGUAGCGUGGAGAUUCCGGAUCGCCAUAAGGCCCAUAAUCCUGAUGAGUUUCAAGCUUUUCCCAGGGUGACGCUCUCGGGUCUACUGAACUUCAUUGACGGUUUGUGGUCAAGUUGCGGGGACGAGCGAAUCAUUGUGUUAACCACGAACCACAAGGAUCGGCUCGACUCUGCCUUGCUACGUCCCGGUCGAAUGGACGUGCACAUUAACAUGUCAUAUUGCACGAGUCGUGGGUUCAAGAUCUUGGCCUCUAAUUACCUCGGCAUCCAUCAGGGCAGUGCCCACCACCUCUGUGGAGAAAUUGAGGGCCUAAUCGACAGCACAGAGGUCACCCCAGCCGAGGUUGCCGAGGAACUAAUGAAGAGUGAUGAUGCCGACGUUGUGUUUGGAGAGCUUGUUAAUUUCCUCAAACGUAAGAAGGUUGCAAGCAACGAAAUGAAAGUUGAAGAAGGGGCUAAGAAGACUGAAGAAGAUCAACAAGCAAAGAGGUUGAAACUGAUGAGAGUUGCUAGAAACUUUAGGAGAAAAGCUGUGAGAGGAAAGAUGAAGAGGAAGAGUUAGCGGGCGAUGAGCCAACUAGUGUAAAACAGUAUAUAUUAAUUACUUCAUAUCUUCAAUGGGCUUAUAAAGUUAUAAUGGGGAUGCCCUUGGAAAGCAGCAAUCACUUAUUUUCCGAUUGCAACUCUUUCUUAUAUGAAUUUGGAAACAUAUAUCAGAGUUAUGCUCAAUCAAU